AUCAAUUGUACUAUCAAAAGCAGAUGAAUCUGUAUUGAUUAUCGAUGGUGGUAUGUUAUUGCAGCAACAUCCUCCGAAAAUAGCAAGAAAAACAGUUAUGAAUUAUUCUGAACAGUUAUUAGAUUAUUUGACGAAAGAGUAUUUUAAUGAUUAUAAUCGUAUAGAUGUAGUUUUUGAUUCUGGAAGAUCUAAGGUUAUUAAAUCAUUCAUUGAACGUCAUGGUUCUAAUAUAAAGAGAUCUGAAUAUAUUUUAAAUGAGAAUUCUAUACUAGAAGUUGGUGAACAAUUUCAAAAGUUAAUUGUCGGAAAUCGUGCCAUAGUGGCAGCUGCAGUUCGUGAUUGCUGGUUAUCACAGCCACACAAGAUACCUCGAGAUAAAUUACUAGUUAUUGGCGGUCCGGACACGGAUGCUUUCAUGAUCGUGAAGGAUACAACCGUACCAUAUACAUUAUUGAAUUCGAAUCAAAUCGAAGCAGAUACACGCAUGUUUCUGCAUUUGCAUGAUAUUUGUCAAGAACCAGAUAUUCAAAAAGUAGUCAUAAGUGCCACAGAUACAGACGUUAUCAUACUAUCAAUUGCAUAUGCAUCUCAAUAUUCGGUAAAAUUACAUUCUCCGCCGUUUAAAUCCGAUCUGUUCGAGCAAUAUGUUAUUCGAAAAACUGACUGA